AUGGGUUCAUCAACUGAUACCUCCAUUGCCACCAACAUCCAUACUCAAUCACCAGCUCCAUCUCUUUCUCAAGUAGUAUUAACUCCUUGUGCUGCUUGUAAAAUCCUUCGUCGACGAUGUGGUGAAAAAUGUGUACUAGCUCCUUAUUUUCCACCAACUGAACCCUUAAAGUUUACUACUGCUCAUAGAGUUUUUGGUGCUAGCAAUAUCAUCAAAAUGCUACAGGAACUUCCUGAAUCCCAAAGAGUUGAUGCAGUCAGUAGCAUGGUUUACGAAGCGUAUUCGAGAGUAAAAGAUCCAGUUUACGGUUGUGCCGGAACAAUUUAUCAACUACAAAAACAAGUAAUUGAUCUUCAAGUUCAAUUAGCAAAAUCUCAAGCAGAGGUUAUUAGCAUGCAAUGUCAACAAGCUCAAUUUGUGGACCCACUUUGCAUGGAAAUGAAACAACAUUCUCGAUAUCAGCAGCAACAACAACAGCCCACAGCUACUACCAUAUCGCUUGCUUCAUCUCUGUCGUCUCUGCGAUUGCAACAGGAUAUUGAUGAUUUUAUGAUGAGUAAUGCCAUUACUACUCAAUAUCAGCAGCAACAACAACAACCCACAACUAGUACCAUAUUCCCUACCUCAUCGUCAUUAUCAUCUUUGGAACAAGAAUAUAUUGAUGAUUUUUUGAGUAAUAACAUUAUUACUCAAUCUUCGUCUCUAGAUAACAAUUUCGAUGGGCUAAUCUUCGGCCACGCGAAUAUGGGUUUGGAAUGGAACCAUCCUUAUGAACAUUAUUUAUUAAUUUGA